CACUCACUCACACUAUAAAUAUCACCUCAGUACAAACCCUUAUUCUUCACUAUUCUUCUUCUUUGUUUUUGCAGUGUUGGAGAGAUAUGGGAGAAAAUAGCAAUGUAAAUCUUCCCCCUGGGUUCAGAUUUUAUCCUACCGAUGAAGAGCUUGUGGUUCACUUCCUUCAACGUAAGGCUGCCCUCUUGCCUUGCCACCCUGAUGUCAUCCCUGAUCUUGAACUCUAUCCCCUUGAUCCAUGGGAACUUGAUGGCAAAGCUUUGUGUGAGGGCAACCAGUGGUAUUUUUACAGUAGGAGGACGCACAACAGGAGUACAAGAAAUGGAUAUUGGGAGCCAAUGGGAAUAGAUGAGCCUGUUGUGAAUAGCAUCAGCAGCAAGAGAGUUGGCAUGAAAAGGUAUUUAGUUUUCUACAUCGGAGAAGGUGGUCCGGCUGCCAUCAAAACCAAUUGGAUAAUGCAAGAAUAUCGUCUCUCCGGUUCUGAUUCCGGCACGGGAAAAUCAUCCAAACGCGGUGGACAUUCCAAAAUAGAUUACAACAAAUGGGUUGUCUGCCGAGUUUAUGAAAGAAAUUGCAAUGAGGACGAAGACGAUGACGGAACAGAACUGUCGUGUUUGGAUGAAGUGUUUCUAUCGUUGGAUGAUAUGGAUGAAAUUAGCUGUGAUGACGGAGCAAAAUAUUUCUCAAGAUCAUAGCUAGCUAGGGUUAAUUCCAUUUUCCAUUAUAAAUGUUUUAUCCAAAUGUAGAAUGUUGGCAUUAAUGUGUUUCUAGGGGAAUGAUAUUAUCGUCAAUUAGUAUUAAU